CAGCAAAAAUAAGUUGGAUGAUUCCAGAAUCAGGUUGGAUUUGUUAGGUGCCCUCAAUUGAUUGAAUAUAAAUAAGGAGUUUAUUUCACACCAAAUUUGCAAUUGUAGUUUGAAAUCAUCCAUAGAUUCUUUCUAUAAUUCAAAUUUAGCUCUUUUUUUCCCUUUAAAUUUUUACAAUGAUCCCACCAACUAUUGUUGACAAAGCCCUUGGUAGCUUCCCAAGAGAAUUGCAAACCAACCAAUUCAACUUAUCUGCUCCUCAACAAACAACUGAUGUCAAGUUUGGUGAUUGGGAAACAUUUAAAUUUGCACCCAUCAGAGAAUCCACUGUUUCUCGUGCUAUGACUAGACGUUAUUUUGCUGAUUUGGACAAGUACGCUGAAUCAGAUGUUGUAAUUGUUGGCGCUGGUUCAUCUGGGUUAUCUGCCGCAUACGUCUUGGCCAAGAACCGUCCAGAACUUAAGAUUGCCAUUAUUGAAGCCAGUGUUUCCCCAGGUGGUGGAUGUUGGUUAGGUGGUCAAUUAUUUUCCGCCAUGGUUUUGAGAAAGCCAGCCCAAUACUUCUUGGAUGAAUUGGAAAUUGAAUAUGAAGAUGAAGGUGACUACGUUGUUGUCAAGCAUGCAGCCUUGUUCAUGUCCACCUUAUUGGCAAAGGUUUUGGCCUUCCCUAACGUUAAAUUGUUCAAUGCUACUUGUGUUGAAGAUUUGAUCACUCGUAAGGAUGAAAGUGGUCAAAUUAGAGUUGCUGGUGUUGUUACCAAUUGGACUUUGGUUACCAUGCAUCAUGAUGACCACUCCUGUAUGGACCCAAACACAAUUAAUGCACCAGUUAUUUUGUCUACUACUGGUCAUGAUGGUCCAUUUGGUGCCUUUUCUGCCAAGAGAGCGGUAGCCAUUGGAGGUCUUGAAAAACUUGGUGGUAUGAGAGGAUUAGAUAUGAACGUUGCCGAAGAUCAUAUUGUCAAGGGUACCAGAGAGGUUGUCCCAGGUUUGGUUAUCGGAGGUAUGGAACUUUCUGAAGUUGAUGGUUCCAACAGAAUGGGUCCAACUUUUGGAGCCAUGGCUCUCUCAGGUGUCAAGGCUGCUGAAACUGUAUUGAACAUUUAUGAAGCUAGAAGAAAGCAAAAUGAAUACAACUAAAUAUAGUGA